CCCUUGCGCGUGCCGGGGGGCGCCACGCGGCCCUGCCCGCGGGCUCCGGGUGUCCGCGGGGCGGCGCCGCGGAACAUGACGGCGCCCUGGGCGGCCCUCGCCCUCCUCUGGGGAUCGCUGUGCGCGGGUUCCGGGCGCGGGGAGGCCGAGACGCGGGAGUGCAUCUACUACAACGCCAACUGGGAGCUGGAGCGCACCAACCAGAGCGGCCUGGAGCGCUGCGAGGGGGAGCAGGACAAGCGGCUGCACUGCUACGCCUCCUGGCGCAACAGCUCGGGCACCAUCGAGCUGGUCAAGAAGGGCUGCUGGCUGGACGACUUCAACUGCUACGACAGGCAGGAGUGCGUGGCCACCGAGGAGAACCCCCAGGUGUACUUCUGCUGCUGCGAGGGCAACUUCUGCAACGAGCGGUUCACGCACCUGCCUGAGGCGGGGGGCCCAGAAGUCACGUACGAGCCACCCCCGACAGCCCCCACUCUGCUCACGGUGCUGGCCUACUCGCUGCUGCCCAUCGGGGGCCUCUCGCUCGUCAUCCUUCUGGCCUUCUGGAUGUACCGACACCGCAAGCCCCCCUACGGCCAUGUGGACAUCCACGAGGACCCCGGGCCGCCGCCCCCCUCCCCUCUGGUGGGCCUCAAGCCGCUGCAGCUGCUGGAGAUCAAGGCUCGGGGCCGCUUUGGCUGUGUGUGGAAGGCGCAGCUCAUGAACGACUUUGUGGCCGUCAAGAUCUUUCCCCUGCAGGACAAGCAGUCGUGGCAGAGCGAACGGGAGAUCUUCAGCACGCCGGGUAUGAAGCACGAGAACCUGCUGCAGUUCAUCGCCGCCGAGAAGCGGGGCUCCAACCUGGAGGUGGAGCUGUGGCUCAUCACGGCCUUCCACGACAAGGGCUCGCUCACCGAUUACCUCAAGGGGAACAUCAUCACGUGGAACGAGCUCUGCCACGUGGCAGAGACCAUGUCGAGAGGCCUCUCCUACCUGCAUGAGGACGUGCCCUGGUGCCGUGGCGAGGGCCACAAGCCAUCGAUUGCUCACAGGGACUUUAAAAGCAAGAAUGUGUUGCUGAAGAGUGACCUCACGGCGGUGCUGGCAGACUUUGGCCUGGCUGUGCGGUUUGAGCCCGGGAAGCCCCCCGGGGACACACAUGGACAGGUGGGCACGAGGCGCUACAUGGCCCCCGAGGUGCUCGAGGGCGCCAUCAACUUCCAGAGAGACGCCUUUCUGCGGAUCGACAUGUACGCCAUGGGGCUGGUGCUGUGGGAGCUGGUGUCCCGCUGCAAGGCAGCCGACGGGCCGGUGGAUGAGUACAUGCUGCCCUUCGAGGAGGAGAUCGGCCAGCACCCGUCGCUGGAGGAGCUGCAGGAGGUGGUGGUGCACAAGAAGAUGCGGCCCACCAUCAAGGAUCACUGGCUGAAGCACCCGGGCCUGGCGCAGCUCUGUGUGACCAUGGAGGAGUGCUGGGACCACGACGCGGAAGCUCGCCUGUCUGCCGGCUGCGUGGAGGAGCGGGUGUCCCUGAUCCGGAGGUCGGUGAAUGGCACCACCUCGGACUGCCUCGUCUCCCUGGUGACCUCGGUCACCAACGUGGACCUGCCCCCGAAGGAGUCCAGCAUCUGAGUUCCAGGACCCCGAGCGGAUGAGCGGAUCGUCCCCCGGACGCAGCGGGUCCGAAGAGGAAAGUGAGAAGAUAGUUGUGUUUUGUUUUGGAAAUCCCAUACCACCAACAAACACAUAAAAUGCAGCUGCUAUUUUACCUUGACUUUU